GCUCCACCGGCUUGAUGCUCGUGUCCGUCCUCCGAGUGCGCAGCAGAGUGCACGAGUCAAGCAGCGACAGUCAGCUCGGUCACACUUGUCUCCACAAACGGGGACAAUGACAGGGAACCACUGGGGAUAUGGAAAAGAGGACGGUCCUUCUGUAUGGCACAAAAACUUUCCUGUGGCCGAGGGCACCCGGCAGUCUCCCAUCGACAUCAUACCUCAGGGGGCUUCACAUGACCCCAGUCUGGGCCCGAUCGUCCUCAACUAUGAUCAGUGUACCUCCACCAACAUCUCCAAUAACGGACACUCUGUUGUUGUGGAGUUUGAGGACUCGGACGACCGUUCAGAAGAGGAGGACGGACUUCAUUUAGUUCACUGGAAUGCUAUCAAGUACAAGACGUUCGGGGAGGCGGCAGCAGCUCCUGACGGCCUCGCUGUCCUCGGCAUCUUUUUAGAUACAGGUGACGACCACAGAUGGCUCCACACGAUAACAGACGCUCUGUACAUGGUGAAAUUUAAGGGCAGUGUCACAGAUUUCAAAGGUUUCAACCCCAAGUGCCUCUUACCCAGCAGCCUCCACUACUGGACCUACCUGGGCUCACUGACCACGCCCCCUCUACAUGAGAGUGUCACCUGGAUCGUCCUGAAGGAGCCAAUCAUCGUGUCUGAUAAACAGAUGGGCAAGUUUCGAUUGCUCUUGUUCUCUGGAGAGGAAGAGGAUCAGAGGAAACGCAUGGAAAACAACUUCAGGCCUCCUCAGCCUCUCAAAGGAAGGAAAGUGCGUUCCUCCAAUUAACGUGACCUCUACAAGAGCUCCUUUAGACGACAGUGAAUGCAUUAAUUUGAGUGUAACUGUAUUUUACCUCAUGGUAGCUUGUCCUGAGGAAGAUGUUUGAUAUGUACAGAAUAAGUUCAAGGAGUAAUUCUCACCACUGCCACAUUCAGAUGCAGAAUAAGAAACAUGGAAGGAGUUCAUGGAAAAAUAAAAGCACAUGCAGCAACAUAUUUAAUUAGCAGUCAGCUAAUAUUAUUGUGUUAGUUGAUGUGAAGUUAUCAUGAGCGAUACUUUAACAAAGAUUCAAAGGUGUGUUUUAUCUCUGUAAACUGUGCAAGGACAAGUGUUGCUGAGGCAACAAGGUGCUAUUCAUCAAUUAGCGUAUUCAUGUAGCAUUCAGUUAUAUGCAACAGGUACGUUCCUUCAUCAGUACAGUCGGCUGUUUGCAGGCUGGUAUCGCACCACCGUGCCCUCUGCAGAUUCAAGUCCUCGGCCUCCUUGCUGAUCUGCAUUGAUCCCCUGUUGAUCCAGUCCUCCUGGCCCCAGAGCCCCUCCAGUCCGGCCAUGCCAACUGGAGGUGGGAUUGGAUUAGAGCUGCAUUUGCUCUAACCAUGAGGGGGGGUGUGAAAAGGCUCAGAUCCUUUAGAGCUCAGGAGACUUCAGAUAGCAGGGAGAUUUAUUAUUUUUAGAGUGGUCUACAGGUUUAACAAAAACCUGUGUCCACACAUUAUUUCCCCACACAGGAUUUAUUAAACUCCAGCAGCAAUACACGGUACAGGUUUUGGUUUUCUUAAUCAAAUUCUUUGUUUUCAUGAUCUUCAUUCUGGGAUUAAACUGUCGACGCUGCCUGGAGGGUCACAGGUCCUGGUCUAAUGUGUCUGCUCACUGUUAUUAACAGCUCACCCCUGAAGCUGCACUUGUAAGAAUCAUAUAUGCACAGUCCAGUAUGUAAAUGCCUGACAGAGGCCCUGGUGUCUCUGUUGGGUGACUUAUGGCAGCUUUGUGUCAUGCUGGUGCCCUUAUUUAGAUGGGCUUGGAUUUUACUAAUACAGAGGCUUAUUUUUUGAAUGAAGAUGCCUCAGUUAUGAUUGUUUGAUGUUGUUGAUGUGGAAAGAAAACAUGAAA